CUCAGUUUCUCUCUGUCUGUGGGUCUCUCUCUCUCUCUCUCUCUCUCUCUAUGUCUCUCAGUGCGACUCUCUGUUUUUCUUUUUUUCUCUCUCUCUCUUCUUCUCCGGUGUGUGUCAUUCUGGGUGUGUUUGCAAGAACUGUGUGCAAAUGUGUGUGUGUGUGUGUAUAAAUUUCCUGUGAUCAGCAUAACAUAAACAAACGUAUUUUUGUAUGCAUCUUAUGUAUGUAUGUGUGUGUGUGUGUGUGUGUGAGCGAGUGUGUAUGAGAGAGAGAAAGAGUGUAUGCAGUCACUGCAGUGUGUCCGGUGUGAUCCAGCGCUGUCUGUAAAAUGGUAACACAAUAGAAGAUGAAAUGUGCAGGAGGCUUAUAUUAAACACAGAAGAUAGCGUGAAUACAAACUGCUGACUGAGGAAGAUGAAAAGUGGCUGCUCAUGGAAAUGAAAAUCUUCUUGGACAUCUAAGGUUUCUCAGCAUGUCCCGUUUUGUUAGACUCAUGCGAAGAAGAAGUAUGCUGACUCCUCUGAUUUAAGCUCUACGAAGCAUGAUAUGGACCUAGAUAUGUGAAUUUCUCAAUGAACAGAUUCUCAAAAGGUGUCACUGCUGAAGAUUUAACAGUGUGAAGUGGCAUGUUUUGUGUCAUCACAGCAGGACCGAGCUAUUUUAGCCAUAACCAAAUCUCCACUAAAGUAGCCUCAUGGAUUUCUAAAAGACAAAGAACAGGCUUUAACAUGACUUGAAAUACAGGAAACACACACAUGUAGGUGUACCUUUCCUUUACGUAGCUGCCUCACUCAAAACAAAUAAAACACCCUUUUCUUAUCGCAAAGAAAUUGAUCUUUUCCAACAGCUGCUUGACCAGUUUGGAGGUUCUCCAGCUGGACCGAAAAUGUGACGGAAAAUAACAUGGGAAUGAGGUGGUGUAAUCAGGAACAGUUGGAUCUGUUUUGGAACAAACAUAUCUUCAGUGUCCUUUAGUACGAGAGUGUUGCUCACUCAGGGAAAAAAAAAAAACGUCUUCUUCCCCAUUUCAUAUCAAAGUCAGCGUUAGCAAGGACAACAGUAAUGGCUUAAUUAGCAUUUCAUUCCUUUGUCUUCAUUUCGUGUCUAAGAUAAAGCAGAUAUGACUAAAACUACAUGACAUCAGACUACAUUUUCGUUAAUAUGCGAAAUGUUCAAUAGUGGCAUGUUGAUCUGCUGUUGAUCCAUUUCACAUCAACCAGAAAGCCUUAGCAAGUAUAUCACGUGAGAAGCUUUUAGCAUGUCGUCUCACUUCAGCAUCUAAGAUAAAGCUUCAGGAAGGACAGAAUUCAAUUUAUUCUAAUCUAUAUCACACCGUGUUUGUAAAGACGAUAUUACACAAUUCCUGUGUGGUAGCAUUUCAUAUCAAAGAUAGAUUUAGCAAGGAUAGCACUAACUGUGUAAUCGGUGUUUUGUUCCACCACACAAUCAGAUCACAUUGUCGCACUGUAUUUUGGUAGCAAUGUUGCUCAGAUUAUAGCUUAUAGCUUUGACCGACUGUGCCAUUUAAUUUUUAACUACGACAGUACUAACUCCUCAAUUAGCUUACCGUCUAAGAUAAAACUACGCAAUGGAUAUGACUAUACAUGUGUGUAUAUGACACUGGUCUGUUUCAAGAUGUUGCGCAGGGGAUUGUUUUUGUGGCUCUCUCGAGUCUGUGGCAUUUUAGUCCUGGUUUGCUGCUUUCUUUCCCUCCUUUACGUCAUCACUUGCAACCCUCAUACCGAUGACCCCUUGGUGGUACCCAGGCUGGGCGCACCAGGCUCUCCAAGAGGGCCUGGUGUUCCUGGUGUGCUCAGCGGCGCCGCCUUGGGUUCAUCCAGCCACGAAAACUAUCAAGCUUUGCUUCAGGAACGUGAGGAACAGCAACGGCAACACAUUUCCAGCCUGAAGAAGCAAAUCGCAGAACUGAAGGAAGCCCUGCAGGAGCGAGUCGAGCGGCCGAAGGAGCUUCAGGAGAAACCGGGCAACGCGGCGACCGAUCUGAAUGAGUUCCUUCGCACCCAGAUGGGCCGGGCAGAGAUAAGUGCAGGUGUCCGCUUGCCAAAUGAGUAUGCUGUGAUACCGUUUGAGAGCUUCACGCUGCAGCGGGUCUAUCAGCUGGAGACGGGACUCACGCGCCACCCUGAGGAAAAACCGGCGAGGAAAGAUAGGCGAGACGAGAUUAACGAAGUGGUGGAGAGCGCCGUGCACACUCUGAACUCGCACAAACACAACAUGGGAGAUAAAUUUGGUGCAGACAAGGUGUACAGCAUGGCUGAUUUCAUUGAAGGUUUAGCUAGAACGGAGAAGGAUAAAGGAACGCUGUACGAGCUGACGUUCCGUGGAGAUAGGAAGAACGAAUUCAGGCGUCUCGUUCUAUUCCGUCCCUUUGGUCCGUUGAUGAAGGUGUCGAACGAACGUGUGGCGACGUCUCAGACGGUCAUCAACAUCAUCGUACCGCUUUCACAGAGAGCCGACAAAUUCAAACAAUUCAUGCACACCUUCAGGGAGGUGUGUAUAAAGCAAGAUGGACGAGUGCACCUCACCGUUGUGUACUUUGGCCAAGACCAGAUGAACGAAGUCAAAGGAAUCCUGGAAAACACGUCCAGGGAGCUGCAUUUCCGUAACUUCACGAUGAUCCACCUGAACGAGGAGUUUUCCCGAGGCCGAGGUCUGGACGUGGGCGCCCGAGCGUGGAAAGGAGGAAACGUCCUGCUGUUCUUCUGUGACGUCGACAUCGUCUUCACUGCUGACUUUCUCAACAGCUGUCGCCUGAACACACAGCCAGGAAAGAAAGUGUUUUAUCCGAUUCUCUUCAGCCAGUACAAUCCUGCAGUGAUUUACGGAGGCAGCGAUCACGUCCCGCCCGUGGAGCAACAACUGGUGAUUAAGAAAGACACAGGCUUCUGGCGGGACUUUGGUUUCGGCAUGACCUGUCAGUACAGAUCCGACUUCAUCAACAUAGGUGGAUUUGAUGUGGACAUUAAAGGAUGGGGCGGUGAGGAUGUCCACCUCUACAGGAAGUACCUGCACAGUAACCUGCUAGUGAUCCGCGCUCCAUCUCGCGGCCUUUUCCACCUGUGGCACGAGAAGCACUGUGCGGACGAGCUCCCGCCUGAGCAGUACAAGAUGUGCAUGCAGAGCAAAGCCAUGAACGAGGCGUCACAUGGGCAGCUGGGAAUGCUGCUCUUCCGGCAUGAGAUCGAGGCUCACCUUCGCAAACAGAAGCAGCGCAGUGCCGCCAAGAAAGCCUGAAGCAUGAACCAUGGUGACUUACAUGAAAAAAUACAAUAUAGAAAUCACUCACACGUAUGUGUGUGUGUGUGUGUGUGUGUGAAUUGCACAGGCGUUGUACUUCAUGCUGUUUUAAUACACACUUUUGGACUUCUCCUUUUGACUUGGAAGUGACGUUUGCCUUGUUUCAACAGGAACUCACUCAAGAACAGGGUAUUUCCAUGAAGUUUGUGACAUUGGAACCCGCUGAGUGGAUAAAAGGUUUAACGAUGCUGUUGCUAGGCAACUGGACACAUGGAUGUCAAGCCUAAGCUAGCUAAAUGACCGAAACUAACGAUAUAGCAAGCUAGCUAUUUGUCUAUGUUGUCUUUUACAGUGUACAGUAAAGGCACAGAGACCGUCGAAACAAGACGACACAUUUGGAAAAUUUCCUUCAGCGAUGUUGGUCAACAGUCAUUGUAACUAAAAUUACACUUCGCAUCUGCCAUAUCGACAUCGUGGGUCGUGGAUGAAUCCGACUCUCCUUAGAACAUCAUUAAGGAUUUACGCUGUAGUUAUUUUUUUUUAACUAGAAUUCUUGUCUAGUGUUUUUUGUUUGUUUGUUUUUUGAAGUCAGUUCAAGUAAGUUGUUGAAUGAUAACCUAUUAUAAGAGCACAUUGCAGCCAGACCUAGCCUAUUGUCAGAGCUGCCUUUGUAGAAAAUUAAUAAACACCUCCUGACCAAUCAGGAUCGAGAACACGGCAGCGCCUGUAGUAUAAUAAAACGUAAAGAUAACCAUGUAAUGUUUACUUGUUAUGUUUAGCGAUCUGGGUUAGGUCUUAGCUGAGUGUGUUUAUUUUAUUUACACACUAAAUAAUUAGCCAAUUAGCCAGCAAGCUGCUGUAACAUAGAUUUAUGGCUGUGUAUAGCGCCCCCAACCAGAUUUUCUCAAUCUGUCUAAGCUGAGUACUAAUGAGAAUGAUUUCAGUGACAACACUCCUAACAAACACUGGUGUUUGGGAUGAUGGAAAAGUACGACCUGAAGCUGUUGCUCAUUAAUUAAUUAGUUCAUUAUGUUAUGGUGCCCUCUUUUGGUCAUUGGAGGAACUGCAGUAAUUUAAAAAUGUACAGGUUGGCUUGAUGAAAUGUCUUUAUUUUGAGAUUAUGAGAUGCUAUGGCUGAUGUAUAUUAUGGGCAAUAGCUAUUCUAGUUUAUAUGGCCAUCUACAAAGGUGCAUGUUACAUUAAUCUCUCCAUGAUCUGGAUUUUAUUCUUUUAUUAUACACUCUUCUUCAUAAUAUCAUUUAUUAAGGGUUCUUCAGUUGUUCCUUCCGGGGAAGCCUUAAAGUUUCUAUCUGAGACCCUAGAAGAGUGUUUUCCUAUCAGAUAGGUUUCCAAGUAGAAUCCUUUUAGGAAGCUAAGAAUCUUUAACUAUGCAGGAACCCUUUUUUUUCUAAGAUGGUACAAAGUACCAAGACAGUUUAGGUCAAUUGUAAACGUCUGCCAGGUUCUAGGUUUUGAGACGGAUAUCAUUUGUACCACACGCAUAAUUAAUACACACACUCUUAGAAAAGGUGUUCUUCAAGGGUUCUUUGAGGAUGGGUUAUUUUGUUGUUGUUGUUGUUGUUGUUGGUCAAAGAUGAGUUGAAACCCUUUCUGGUAGGAAACAAUUUGCUGCAGGUUUCUACAUAAAACCUUUAACGGCGCCCCAAGAGGCGAAACUGAAGAACUAUUAAUAUUUCAAAAACAUUUUAGGAAUGUAAGUUGUUGUUUUCCAUCGUUUUUAUUCAGGAGAAUUUGCAGACGUAAAUUAUAAAAAAAAAAAAAAACUUUCUUAAUUUGCUUUUGCAAUUAAUCAGAAAUAAGUUACAUGUUCCGCAUGUAUACACAUUUUUUUUCUGAUUUUUCCAGAUAUUUUAGACAAUCCCAUUUUCUCAUUUUCUUCUUCUUCUUCUUCUUCUUCUUUUUUUUUUUUAAAAAAAAAACCACGAUUAUUGACACAUGCUGGAGUAGAAUUUUGACUUUGUCACGUAGAGAACCCGAAGGUAUAAUGUCUCUAAAAUGGCAGUACUUUAAUGAAGUAAUGGUACUUCAAAAAAAAAAAAAAAAAAAAAAAAAAAAAAAGCACUUAAGUACAGUAAGAUAUUGCAUUUACUGCUGUUUAACAGCCUAAUGAUUCCUCACUGAUUUAUAAUUCCACAUCAAGUUUAUUAAUCCUUAAACUCAUUCUUUUUUCUACUCCUCUAUUUUUGUACACUCGUCUAUGUGUGAUGUGGUGCUGUCUCUACUGCUUUCAGCCAAUAAGAGGACACUUUACUGGAUUUACGCCAUGAUUUAUGGUUAUCAGGAUGUCUG